GUGAUUCUGAUGAGACCCGAGGAGGCUGUUCAGCUCUUGAAUGCCAUUAAUUUCUGAGAGAAGAGUAGCAGUGCCGAGGGUGGCUUGUGGGACGCCUACCCGUGAUGAUUCCACCAUCUGCAACAACCCCUGUCAACGAUGCUGCACUUUUGCCAAGCGUGGCUUCUCAGGAAAUCUGGAGGUCACAAAUUCCAGGCUAUUCUGGAUCAGUCACACGGCACAUAAGUCAUCGGGCCAACAACUUCAAGAGACAUCCAAAAAGGAGAAAACACAUCCGCCCUUCGCCACCGCCACCGCCAAAUACUCCAUGUCCUAUUGAUUUGAUUGAUUUUGGGGAUCUCCAGCCUCAGAGGUCUUUCCUAGAACUCCUGUUUAAUGGGUGCAUUCUCUUUGGGCUUGAGUUCAGCUAUGCCAUGGAAACAGCCUAUGUUACCCCUGUGCUGCUUCAGAUGGGGCUUCCAGACCAACUGUAUGGAAUGGUGUGGUUCAUCAGCCCUAUAUUAGGGUUCUUGUUACAGCCUUUACUGGGAGCCUGGAGUGACAGAUGCACAUCAAGAUUCGGGAGGAGAAGACCUUUCAUUCUGGUCUUAGCAAUAGGAGCGUUGCUUGGGCUCUCGCUUAUGCUGAAUGGCAAAGACAUAGGGAGUGCCUUGUCUGACACUGCAAAUAACCACAAAUGGGGGAUCAUUCUUACAGUCUGUGGUGUUGUCCUCAUGGACUUCAGUGCAGAUUCAGCAGACAAUCCCAGUCAUGCCUACAUGAUGGAUGUGUGCAGCCCAGUGGACCAAGACAGGGGCCUCAACAUCCACGCUUUGUUAGCAGGUCUUGGAGGUGGCUUUGGUUAUGUUGUUGGAGGAAUACACUGGGAUAGAACCAGUUUUGGAAAAGCUGUGGGAGGGCAACUUCGCGUCAUCUAUGUCUUCACCUCAGUAAUACUGACUAUCACUACUGUGCUGACUCUGAUUAGCAUUCCAGAAAGACCCUUAAGGUCCUUUAGCAGGAAGAAAAAAGUGAUGAAGAGUCCGAGUCUUCCUCUCCCUCCUUCGCCACCUUUCUUCUUUGAGGAGGGUGUAAACGAAAACUUAGCUUCUCAUAACUCAGCUCACUUAUAUGCAAGUUUUACAAGUCCCGUUUCUCCCCUCAGCCCACUUACACCCAAAUAUGGCAGUUUUGUCAGCAGAGACAAUUCCUUGACGGGAAUUAAUGAGUUUGCCUCAUCAUUUGGGACUUCAAAUAUUGACAGCGUGCUUAUAGACUGUUUUACAGGUGGGCACAGUAGUUACUUAGCACUUCCAGCUAGCUUGCCCAGGCAGCCUGUCAGUGUCAGCUUUCCUCGGGCUCCUGGCGGCUGUUACCAAGGAGAAAAUGGAGUUCUGGAGCAAGGGGAGAGCAGCGUAACACCGGGGCCUGACGGCGAGACGCUGAGGGUGGGCUCACUGGAUGCGAUAAAGCCACGGUCGUCAGGGAUCCUGAAAAGACCUCAGACCUUGGCCAUUCCAGAUAUCGUAACAGGACAAUGUCCAGAAAAUAGCAGAAGAAGAAACGUAACCUUCAGCCAACAGGUUGCUAAUAUCUUGCUGAAUGGUGUUAAGUAUGAGAGCGAGCUGAAUGGAUCGGGGGAGACCUCAGAGCAACCACUGUCUGUGAAGCUUCUUUGUUCCACCAUCUGUCGGAUGCCCAAGGCUCUUCGUAACCUCUGCAUCAACCACUUCCUAGGAUGGCUCUCGUUCGAGGGGAUGUUACUCUUCUAUACCGACUUCAUGGGAGAAGUAGUGUUUCAAGGGAAUCCGAAAGCACCUCACAACUCAGAUGAGUAUCAGAAGUACAACGCUGGGGUCACCAUGGGCUGCUGGGGAAUGUGCAUCUAUGCAUUCAGUGCUGCUUUCUACUCAGCCCUGCUGGAGAAGCUGGAGGAGCGGUUCAGCACACGGACGCUGUACUUUGUGGCAUAUUUGGCCUUCGGGUUGGGCACGGGGCUGGCCACGCUCUCCAGAAACAUCUACGUGGUGCUGUCACUCUGCGCUACCUACGGCAUCCUUUUCGCCACGCUCUGCACGCUGCCAUACUCUCUGCUCUGCGACUACUACCAGAGCCAGGAGUUUGUAGGCUCGCAGGCGGAGGGCACGCGGCGCGGGAUGGGCGUUGACAUCUCCCUGCUGAGCUGCCAGUACUUCUUGGCUCAGAUCCUCGUGGCCCUGGCCAUGGGGCCGCUGACGGCAGCUGUGGGCAGCGCCAGCGGUGCCAUGUACUUCGCCAGCCUGGUGUCCUUCCUGGGCUGUCUCUUCUCCUCCCUUUGCGUCACCUACGAGUCGCCGCCCAGCGAGGAGCUGCCACCCACUGAGGAGCAGCGCCCGCUCUUGCCUCGUGCCCGGAACGAAUAACUGGGAGAAGCCACCACAGCCUCCACUGCCUCAUUGCAUCGCCUUCGGCCUCCCCAUCACAGAGUGGUGGGCUCCUGCGCCUCCAGGACAGCAGCAGCGGGCACGGCAAAUGGCAAGAAUGUCUACGCUGGCUUUGUUGAGCUUUCCCCUGCCCACGGGAGGGUGAGGAGCAAGUCAGUGGCAGCUGGCACCGCUCAUCCUUCCCCCAAGGUGGCAAAAGCCCAUCGGUGCCUCGGGGCCACAACGACAGGAAGAGGUGAUGUCAGCGUGGGGCCAUUCCCUUCAGCUGCCCCGUGGUGCCAUCACUCCCAGGGGAACAAGUGGUGAUUCCAGGGGACCUGGAAGUCUGGUGCCUGGGCAGGGUGACAGCAAGCUGCAGGGCUGCAGAUGCUGCUGCAGCGCUGCCACUGCUCCAUGGGCAGAAGGUGCCAUCUCUCAGCCAUGCAGAGCAGCCUGGUCCUCUGUUGCUGAAGGAUGUGGUGACUCUCGUGAGGCCUCGGGCAGUGAUGAGGCCAACCUGCAGGUCACAGCCUCUGCCCGUGGCAGGCCUGGUUCUGGAGGGCACGUUUCAAAACUGUGGAAAGGCUGAGAGCAACUGGUCUCGCUCGGGGGGCACAAGUACUCUGUCAAGUGCCAUGGCCAGGCUCCUGGGCAUUCAGAGCUCCCACCAGCAGAACUGUCCCAAGGAGCUGCCGUGGGGUGAAACCGCAGUGACCCAGCUCCCAGCCCCUCCUCUGUAGGUUCUGGCUGUGGUCCACGGUGAUGGUUGCCAAUAUGUGCAUAUUUCCUUCCACAUUAGACUUUUAACUAAGACUACAAGGGCUUGUGAUGACUUAGCAGGAAGAUGGGCAGUUGGCUGUAACGCAGCUUUGGGGAGAAGUGUCUUUUUGUAUCAACUUUCUUGGGUAGAAGCUUACUCUCGAGUUGAAAAUUUAAGAAGAAUCAUUUGUGUGAAAGCCUGCAGCACAUCAUCCUUGUUUUUCAUACAGUUGUACCUUGUGACAUUUUAAAAUCUGCAUGAGGAUCAGUGAUUAAGUACUUGUCAGCUAGAGCUGCAUCUUCCGUAUCUCAUUGAAACUAGUAAAAGGGCUUUGUCAUUAUUUGUGAGAAUUCUUGAUUGAUCUGAUUUUGGAAGGUGGUGAAUGUGUGAGAUCUCAUAAAAGUUCCAGUUAAGCCCAGGAGCCUUUUAAGUCUUGAGAGCAAAGAUGAAAAUGGAAAUAAAGUUACAACUAUUUCUAGGAUUCCUGUCACUCUGCCUCUGUAUUUGGGUUGGCAGCCAAGGUUUACCAAAGCUGAUGGGCAUUUUGAUGUUUACUUGUGUUGUGCAUUGCAUCCCUGUAGAGGUUGCUUUUGCUCACCUGGUCUUUAGGUCCAGAAAAAGGGUUUUCUCUGGACGGUCACUCCUUUUAAGUGAGUUGUACUUGAAUGUCCACCUGAGUUUAUUCUGAUGCUUGAUCUGCGAUGCCAAGAUGAAAUAACUUGUGUAAUCUUUAGCUGUUGUGGCUUACUGUACUCCAGUGCUGAAAGCACAAUGCACACCUUGUUGUGAGAGGUUCUUGUAAGAACAUUUCAUUUUUAUUGCCUAUUCCUGAGUAUUUAUUUUUUUUUUACUUGAGAAGCAAGUUUUGUGAUACUCAGUAUUUACUUAAAUGGAGGAGCACUACUGAAGUUAUAAAGUCAAACACUCAGAGGUAAAAGACUCUCAGAUUGAUAAGUCUAUUAAUCUUUCUUUUCUUUGUUUGGGCUUAUGUAGUGUUGUAUCUGCAGGAAUGUCUGUGACAUGCCAUUUCCUUGAUUAUGGCACAGCUGUCUCCAAGAAUGUUCAGGAUGAAGCUGGAACAAAAAUAGCAUGAGAACCUUUGGUGCUUCUGAUUUCUGAGAAUCUGAAGACUUGACUUUCGAGAAGUUUUCUUUUCUUGUUCGUCCGCUGUGUAACCUUAAUUUCUCUUCCUUAUCUUACCAGACUUUUAAACUCAAAAAUGUGUUUGUUUGUUUGUUUUUUUGUCCCACUAGCUAAUGCAGUACUAGUUCUUAGAAUGUUUUCUCCUCUUAAGUUUUGUAGCCAGCAUCAUUGCACUAAACAGAUCAGGAGCACUUUCUUUUUCUAGGUAUCUGGAAUUGCAGAUCAUUUUGCUGUAAGUGAGGAUCUUCAAAAGAUUCAUAGAAUUGAUGAAAUCAAAUGUAUUUGAUGGUAAUCUCUGUCUCUGGUUCCAUUUGUAAAUAAUAUUAUUAAAUGCAUUUAUAUAGUUUUAAAACUAUUGCUAUGCCCCUAUGCAUUACCUAAUAGAGUAUAUAUUACAUUUUCUAUUUUAUGGGAUAUGGACUUUAUUUUCCAUAUGUAUUUAUGUAGUGUUUACAUACAUAGUACUCUUAAGUCAGCGUCAAGGUAUGUUAAUAUGGGGCUUUGAGCAGUACUGGUGGUGUCUGGAAAAAAUCCAUGCAGUUGGAAGUUGCACCAAAUCCAUAGAUAUAACUUAAAAAAGAGGCAUUUCUUACUUGCUUAUUCUCUUCCUUUGUCAUACAUUUUACGUUUUACAGAAAUUACUGUAUGUGGUCACUGUUGAACUGUGAGCUGGAAAGUGAUGUUUACCUUUUGGAAUCCAAAUGCUUCAAAUAUUCAGUCUAAAUCUGCGAGCUGCUGUUUAGAAGUAAGAUGCAUGAGUUUAGGCAGAAAAGUGAUUUUAUGCCGUGCUGUGGUUUAAUCUCUUCAGCGGUGCCUAAAGGUUAAUUUUGACUAAGUCCUUACCAUUAAAGGUUGCUUGAUGGCAGUUAUUUGUGGAUGUUCAUAAAUGUGUUUAUAGCACAUGUACAGAAGUAGGGAAAAUGGGGAAAGGGAUGGAGAAAAGCAUCUAAUCAGUUGUGUCAUGUUUGUAAUUAAGCCAGCUGUAGCCAUUCCAGUGUGUGUUUGCAGUUCAUUCAACCUCUGCUGUAUCUCAAAAAAGAAAACCUAAUGGUUUUGGAACUUCCACUGUAUCUUUGAAUGAAGAAAAUAAGCCUUUUCAGGAAUCAAAUCAAAUAAAUGUGCAUGACUUUAUAUAUAAAAAAAGAACAACUACUUUGGGAACUAUUUGAAAAGA